AAAGGAUGAAAGUAGCAACGGACACUUUGUAAUGAGAAUCAAUCUCAGUCGCAAAGUGAUCGUUUGGCCAGUUUAAAAGAAUUUGAUUCAACGAAAAUAGACGCAGAAGCGUCGAAAGUUGUCCAUUGAGAGAACAACGAUUCGAAGAGGAAACGAUCUGUACGAGAGACCUACGAAUUUAAUGGACGAGCAUCGAAUAUCAACGGUGUAUCGAUAUAAUAAUAAAAGAUGCGAGAAGCGGACAUAAUCUGUCUCCGUCAGAUUGGUCGCACAACAAAAUUCGCUCGUGGAAAGGUUUCAAAUCGGACGGAAGUAGAAUCGAUACUCCAGAAUUCGAUAGUGGCGAAAGUAUGGCCGAAAGCGGAUUUUCAUUUCUGCUAAAGACAAAACAGCAAACAACACAGUGAAAACGAUUAUUAUGACCGAGUUAAAAGUACUUUAUUUCCUCCUCUUGUUAACGUUUUUCGAACUGACGUCACAAAUUCGACCGUCCUUACAUGGACACAAUAAUGCAUUCGUACAAGAUGACAAUGAUGUUCAAUACCUAUUGGACAACAUACCUAUGUCUGUGCAUAAGGAGUUUACCAAUACAGUGCAUGGGGCUGGGGAUGCCCCAUCUGAUGAAGACAAAGCACAAGAUGCAUUGUCUCAUGUUUAUUUCCAACCACAUGUUCUGGACUUCAAAGAAAGACAACUUGGUAUACCCCACCAAGAAACUGUGGUCUUGUUUAAUAAAGAUCACAACAAAACGAUCCAUCUUUUAUCGAUUUCUGGAAAUACACGACAUUUCCAUUCAUCGUUCUUUCGAAGUAAAGUAAUACCACCACUUGGGAACACAACAUUUGAUGUUGUUUUUCUCGGUCGAGAAGAAGGCGACAUUGAUACGCAUCUUUUUAUACAUACUACGGAUGGAACUGUAAAAUACCAAGUAAAAGGAAUAAGUGUCAGUAGUCCUUAUCGACUGAGACCUGUAGUGGGCGUUAAAUUACCUUUAAAUGCAACAUUUACUCCACUUAUAUAUAUGCACAAUCCACAUGCAGAAGCUUUACAAGUUCUAGAAGUAUAUAGUAGCGGUGGAGAAUUUCAGCUAGAAUUACCAUCAGGAGAAGCGGAAGGUUCGCGUGAGCUAUGGGAAAUUCCACCAUAUCAAACAAAGCCUAUCAUAAGACUACAUUUUAAUGCUUACACAGAGAAAAAUCAUACCACGUAUAUUAGGCUUAAAGUAAACAAUACUUCGGAAGUGCUUGUUGUAACAGUCGAAGUCGAAGUAAAAAGUGGGUCUGGUCUUCAUUGGGGUGGAAGCUCUGGUGUAAUCAAUUUAGGUAUGGGUGGUUCGUUACAGCCGCCCAUUCAAUACCCCAUUGCUUUGAAGAAUUCAGCAAAGAAACCAAUUAAAAUUAUGAAUAUAAUUAGCACGCCGGUGUCCAAAGCGUUGAAACUUCACUUUGAGCAAGCGAUAAUUCCAGGAGACACCGACAUACCUAUUGCGAUUGGAGCACUAAUUUAUGACUGGAAGACUGGUUUAGAGCUACAACAUUUUAAAGGAAAACUAGUAAUUAAAGCAAUAGGUCCUGGCGGUUCUAAUCAGAAACUAACGAUACCAUGGAUAGCACAAGUUCUACAGGGUGGUCUAGAAGUAAACGCAUCAAUUACGCAUUAUUGCUCUCUUCAAUCCAAUCAGGCGCGAAAUUUUAGCGUCGUUAAUAAAUUUAAAUUACCGUUAGCUAUCACGAAUGUCACAAUGUCAACGCAUGUGAAGUCACUGUUCACGAUAAAAAAUUUUAUUCCAAGGGUGAUAAAGCCAGAACAGAAGGUUAAUAUUUUUUCAUUACAACUUGCCAAAGAUAGGAAAACAGAUAAUGUGAAAAUGGAGUCGUCGAUUUUGAUUCAUUCAAAUGUAUCCGUGACAGAAGUUCCAUUGCUCAGUUACGAUGGAAAAGUGAGGAAAAUUAUUCCAGAAGAAAGGGAAACCGAUGAAGGCACGAUGAAUUUUGGUACAGUCAGCAGCGGGACUGAAAGCGAAGCUAUUUUUGCUCUGGAAAAUCAAAAUCCUAUUAAUAUAGACCUGCACGGAUGGGGUGUGAAUAUGCCUGGAGCAGUGUUGGAGCUCAUGGGAUGCCAUAGGGGCCCAGCCGAUUUUCUGGACAAAGAACUUCGCAAUAUAACUGUGUGCAGUCAUACUGGCAAUCAAUACAUAAAGCCUGGUUACUUAGCGAUCUUCAAGAUUAAAGUGAAAACUCCAAUGGUCGAAGAGGACACCAUUGUGGGCGAUGUUUUUGUUAGGACCACCUAUGAAAGAUUUAUUUUACCGGUUUACAUGCGAGUGGCAUACGGGAGACUUUCGUUGAAGAAACUUAUUUUUACUGAUUGUUUCCCUGGAUCGAUUUGUGUACAACAAGUAAAGGUGUAUUCGACGUUCGUAAGACCCAUGCAGGUGACUCGACUUGCACCUGUUUACAAGGAUAAUAGAAUAAAGUAUAUUCCCUUGGAGGAGGCAUCGAUGCCAGUUAUAACAAAAGGCGAAAGUUAUGUUGGAUCGGUUAGGAUCGAACAGUCAAUGACUUGUAAACAUCACUGUUAUUUAGGUCUAUCGUUGGACACUAAUGCUGGCAAACAGUGGAUAAACACUUUGGCUCUCCCAUCGCACACAAGAGACUCCGAUUUGAAUUUGUUGAACACAAAAUAUACGCGUUUCCUUAACUCGACGGGCGGUCGUUCAUGGGAGAACAUAACAAUGCGUCUAGACACUACCGAAGUUCGCGGGCACAAAUUUUACUUGAACAUUAAACCGUAUUGGCCCAGUCUAUUGACUGGUUUCGGUAACAAUAAGAAUAAAGUCGUUGUGGUAUUUCCAUUAACGCAAGUUGGAAAUACGUCUUACAGAUCAAUUAAAGUGUAUAAUCCUGGUGCCAGUCCUUUGUUUAUACAGUUGGUAAUGGAUUGGAAUUAUCCGCAAGGAACGAGGCUGUAUCAUUCGUUACCAGCCAAAUUUAAAUUCGCGUGCGUAGAUUGCGGGUCUGCAGUUGCGGAGGAGUUUAAGUUAGAGGAGAAUGUAGAGGAAAGAGAACAGUUUGAAAAACAAUGGGAUGUUUCGGUAACACCUGGAUCGAUUCCUUUAUACUUGAAACGUUCGGAGUCGAAAACAAUACGAGUGUCAUACACUCCCUUCUCUCCUACUUUAUCGUCCGCUCUUUUAUACAUUAGGAACAACAUGACGAUUUUGGAGGUAUUACGUGUGAUGGGUCAAGGGGCAAAUGCACAAUUCAGAUUUGGAAACCGAAAACCAGGUUCCACUACACCCUUACUUUUCGAACUCGCCGACAAACACCUAAAAGAUUGCGAACGAGAACGAUUUAAAAGGAAUCCUGUGCCCAACCUAACAGUAAAAAGGUCAUUCAUGGCCAGAAACACGGGAGAACUUCCAAUAGAAAUAUACGACUUUUUCAUAAAUGGUCUCCGCUGCGAGGGUUAUGGAUUCAAAGUACUAAACUGCAUGCCAUUCAGCCUUAACCCUAACGCAACCAAGAAGAUAGAAAUAGCUUUCACUCCAGACUUCACAUUGUCGCGAAUCGAGAGAAAGCUCGUGAUAUCCACAAGCUUAGGGUCGGACAACGAUAUAGAGAAUGGCAUGGUAACCCUAAAUUUACUGGCGACCCUUCCACCGUAUUCUUUGGAAGACUGUAGAGCCGCAUUAACAAGACCCUCGUGGGAGUAUGGAGUCCAAUGGGCAGCUGUGAGCCUCUCGUCAAUCUUAUUAAUCUGUAUCCUCGCUAUUUCGUUCCUUGAAGCGGACCGAGUGCUAAGAGGGGCUCUAGCUAGCUUCUCUAGAGAGAGUCCAAUGCAGCCUCCUUUUGAUUUAAGAUUACUGUCGCACAUACCAGUGCAUUCGACACCAGUUGUACCUUUAAAAGAGAAGUUAAUAAACGAAGAGAAGCAGAAAACAACAAAGAAAGAGGACACGUAUCCAGAUUGGGCGCUGAUGAAUGUGAAGAAGUACAAAGAGAAGGAAAAUACGCAGAAAGGGCUGAAGAUUCCGGACUGGUCCGCAGAUGAAGAACGCAGGUUCAAACUGGACACCGAAACGAAGGACUUGCUGUCAUUCAAACGCUGUGACGAGUUGUCUUUAGAUAACAGUAGUAAUGUGAUGAACAAUAUUGCGCUCGGGGCUAAGAAAAGGAACAAUAGGAAACAGAACAACGUGCAAGAAGUGCAGACGGACAAUUGUCUGUCUGAGACAGUGUUUCCGGACAUCCAGGUACCGCAAGAGAAAAAGUAUAGCAUGAACACAUACAUGAAGUCGAGUCCUGUGACUACUAGGAAAGGGAAGGCUAAUCAGAUAAUCAAGGAGGAAACGAAACUGGUGGAUCAUGAGGUUCAAGUUGACACAACGGGUUUGCUGAGCAAUACCCGGAACAGUAAACUGGAUAGCAAAAGGAAGCAGAACUCGGUUGGGAAUAGCAAUAAUAGUCACGUUUCGUUCAAGAAAUUCGAGUCGAAUAACAGUCAUAGGAGUGUUCAGCUUUCUGAAGAGGAGACGUCUUCUACCACGACCGAGAGCUCUGUUCAAGAUGAUCCACCGCCGUGCAAAAACUUUGAUCAACCGUGCGGAAAGUCUGAGAAGCUACAAAGAAAGCCGGUGACCAAGAAAACUAAACCGCAAUCGAUUACGCCUGUGCCAUGUGUGGACUAUAGGGAUAAUUAUGAGGGGGACUGCGACGAUGACGAGUACGAUAAAGAGAGGCAUAAUAAUCCAAAUAGGUGGAAAACGAGUACAACAAGAUCAACUAUAAAGCAUCAUAUUCACUCGUCUCGCACUGUUGAGUCAUCAUGCAAGCUACCUCGACAAAACAAGAAUCCUCCUAGAAAGGAUAAAGGAUCUCAGAAACGUCGUGGAAUGGAAAAAACACAUGCAAAAGUAACAUCGUUAAAUGGAAGCACUAGCCAAAGAGAAGACUCGUCGCGAACAUUAGGUGCAGUAUCUGCUCCAUUACCUCCACCCCCAUCCUGCUGGGGCGAAAAUCGAGCCAGAUUUAGCGACGUUGUAGCAAGGAGUCCAGAGAGCAUCUCUCCGUUCUCGAGCUUGAACAAGUUACACAAACCACAAACGACCACGCAUACACUGUCGACAGUCUUCAGCAACGAUACCAAAGAUAUAGAUUAUACUAAACAACAGUCGAGUCAAGAGUUGAUGCAAAGCACGAACGAAUACAGAAUAUUAUCAAAUUCCCCACCCCUCUGUGUUCAAUCUAUUGAGGAGAAGCCACUUAAUCAGGAUCCUCUGAAAAUACAGAACACGUUACUGCAUUCGAAUAGCUAUUUCAUGAAUGCUUUCACAGAACCGCCGUUUGAACGAGAAUUGGUGCCGUACGAUGAUCUUCCAGAGACAGACGAACCCUUAAUGGAACUGGAGAGUCCAGAAGAAGAUACGCGAUGUCAGUUAUGGGAGGAUAAUAGUCCUGUAUAUAAUUUAUUAUCAGAUAACACGAGCGGGUAUCAAUUGGAAUCAUCGAAAUCCGUUGAGAAGCCACCUUCGAUGCUGGCGGACACAUUAAGAGACAAUUGGAUGGCUGUUAAAACAAAUUGGGAACCGUUAUACACAAGGGCUGCAGUGGGGGAGGAAAGAAGUUGCGUUUGGGGUGUGAAUACAGGUGGUGUAUGGGCUGCAGGUCCAUGGGGGGCAGCUACCCCACCUGUGAAUUCACAACUAUCCUCUUUGCCGAUAGAGCCGGAUACACAGGAAAGGUCUGGUUUCGAUCCGUUUCGUUCUCUUAGUACAAUAUGGACACCGUCAUCCACCGAAUCAUGGAAAAAGAAGCACGAAGACUAAUUUUGUUCCCAAAAUUCCCGAUAUUAUACCUUGUGAUAUCGUAGACUUGGUUGAACGACUUUUUUCUUUUCUAAUACGAGAAGUAAUAACGUAUUUAUUAGCGACACUUUUGGUGAUCGACAACGCUUAAAACGAAAAACUACUGGCUGGUUUUUGUUAUUCUUCAAUGGUUUUUGCGGAUUUGUGAUAUUUUGUUGAAUAGUACCUCGCAUAAUAACACCGAAUAAUUCGUUUCGGUCAAAAUUACUUUGUACUUGUUAAAUCUUCACGUUGUGACUUGUUAAUCUGUGUUAUUAAUUGAGGCUUAAAUGUGAUACAUUGAAAUUCUUUUUGUUGAUGAAGGAUCGCACAUUUAAUAUUUUUGUUUCUUUUUUUCUAUUUCUCGGGACUUCAAGUUCGAUCGAUGCACUGGAAAAAAACGCAUACCUGAAUUCGAAGUGAGAUUUUUUUGCAGCAAUUGAAGCACAGAUUAAUCCAGAAGGCGAAAUAAGGUAUCUGGUUCAUGAACUUUUGCCUCUCGGUUCUACCGUCUUCGUUUCUGUCGUACUUUCUACACAAAACGUAUAUAAAGAAAAAGGUGAUCACAAUACUCAGAGAACGUUGGUCUUUGGUGUUACACAAAAUGAAGUAAUAAUUAAGUUACUUGGAACGAGUGAGAACUGUGAUUUUUAUAGUCUUGACUUGUAGAAAUUUCUUCGGUAAGUUUUCAAAACAUUUUACAAAGUUGUGAUGUAUACAAAACAAAAUAAAAAUGUGUACCUACACUUCAAGACUGGUAA